AAGAGAAAAUGAGGUGAACUCUAUCUUGUAUCUGUAGAUUCUCUUCUUCUGUGUAAUUCUGAACUAGAAUUUAUAUCUUCUGUAGCUUUGUUGAGAAUCCCUGUAUCUUUCUUUUUUUUGCCUUUUUGCUUUCAUUCUCUUUAAAAGAAAUCUCUCUUUCUUCUGGCUUCUUCAUCAAUUCCUAGUAGCAACUGUCACAAGUAACAACCCCACAAUGGGUGAUUAUUGCAAGAGAAGCGGUCAGAUACCAGCAUUUGGAGACUGGGACUACGCAAAUGAACUGCCUAUAACUCAGUACUUUGAAUGUGCUAGACAAGCUGGUUUGAUUCGAUUCAGCUCUUCAUCUGGCGAAUCCAAUCCUUAUAUUCCUGCUGACUUAUAUACUGUUGAUUUAAGGAAACAUUCUCGUUAUCUUGUUCCUCCUAGAAAGGUGAGUAGGGUAAGAGAAAAGCAUGGUAAGGAGACAAAGAAGGCAGGGAGAGUUUGUGACGUGGCGGCGCCGCCAAGGAAAUACCAGCAUCAACAUCCCCACCACCGUGUGCCCAUUUCAAAUAACAAUAAUAAUAACAUUACUAGCAGUAAGCUACUAAAAAACGAUGUCGUUCCUCCCAAGAGAUUGCCUGUUAGACCUCCCAACCCUGUUGAUGAAGAUCUCUAUAAAAUUCCCCCUGAGCUCCUCCACUCUUCCAAGCGAAAGAAAAUGCGAGGGUUCUUUUCAUGCUUGAUACCAGCUUGUGCAACAUGAAUUUCCGACUUUGAUAUUGGAGGAAGAGAUUUGGUCUCUCAGGAGUUUAGUGUUUUUAUUGGUAAAAGAUGUAGUUAUAGUCUAGUGAUUUAUUCCCUUUUUUUUGUUUCAUGAAAAAAAAAAUGUUUGACUAAACAAAAGCACGUAGGGAGAAAUGAUUGUCAAAUGGCUGUCCUUUGUCUAAUGAUGAAUUUAUACUAAGAUAAAUUAUGCAUUGAAAACCCAUGCAAUA